GUUGUGUGAAGUUACUUCUCCACAGCAUGCGGAGGACUCGGUUUACAUCCCACCCGCUCUACCAGUAAAUAAGGCGUACUGUGAAAUAUUAGUACCAGAUGCAAGUGCGUUAGGAGGAGGAUUUUCUCAAGAUGACAUGCUGGAAGUCGGAACAAGGAUCAUUUCAAAGGCAUGGAAGGAUUAGUCCCUUAGUCUCAGGCUUGACGGACUGUCAUACUAUUUGAAAAGUCAUACUUCAUCUUAACACCAUCCACCUGUCUUACAUAGAACAGUGCAUUGCAGGAACAGGCCCUUCAGCCCAUGAUGUCUAUGUCAACCAUUAUGCCAAUGUACACUAAUCCCAUAUCCUUUGCUCCAUAUCCUUCAGUAUUGUAGAUUUAAAAUGUUAAGUGCAUGAUUUGUCCAGAACAAAAUCAACUUCUCAGAGGGCACAGAAAGAAGGCAGAUGUGACCAUUACAAGUUACCGCAAUGGUGCUCAAAUUCAAGUAAUGUGCAUGGAACUGUAGAAGACCUUCCAACAGCAGCAGCAGAUGGCAGCAAACUCAAAGGAAAUGAUAUUUUGAUCUCCCACUACACUGGAGGGCAAAAAGAAGCAAUGAAAGCUAUUGUUCAGCGAAAGCUACAGAGUGGCCCCAAAGGAAAAAACGUGAAAGUACAGCUUCUGCAGAAGCCUUCUUUUGAAGACGAGAAGUCUUUUACACAGGGUGCUAGAGAGACCAACUGUUACUCCAAUUCUAUUACGACAGCGGCUGCCACUGCAGCAGCUAUUGCUGCAACCGCACCUCUGCUUCAGGCUCAGAGUGACCUUGGAGCUAAGAUUGCUACUGUGACUGAGUUGGUGACUAAACUCCAGGAAAUGGAUCAACAAGUAAAGCAGAUUGCAGAAGAGCAAGCAAAGGCUUCGACUCAGGAUCCAAAGUCCCAGAAACAUAUAUACAGAGUGAGAGAACUGGAGGCACAGUUAACCAUGCUUUUGAAUCAACGACUGAGCCAUCUGGAAAAAAUUCAAGAACAUCAGCUGGAACUCCAGUCGCGAAUGUUUACCUCAGCAUUCACAACAAGCUGCAUUCACCCAGAUGGUGCAUUCCCAGCACAUUCUGACGCAUUGUUGCAAAGUUCAGCAACAUGUUCUACAGCACGGACACUGAAUCAAGGACUCCAGAAGUUGCCUAGCAACAAAAUCAAUUGCGUUUCACUCAGAGAUGUGCCAUCUGACAUCUCUACAGCAACACAAGCUUAUCAGAGUUGUCCUGGUGCAAUUGGCAUAGGAAGUUCUCUGCAGACCCCAGCACCUCGCAAGUCUGCCCCAGUGCCAAUGUCUAAGGAUGUUCAGGUUCAACAGAAGAUGAAGUUUGCUGUUCAGAAAGCCAAAGCAAAUGAAAGGAUUUCCACAGCUGGUCAAGGAAAUAGGAAUUUUUUGGAAGACAUUCUAAAUAAUCAGGAAACUCCAACAAGUGAGACACAUGCUGUAGAGAGGUCCAAUGUUGCCAUGACGACUGCCGGCAGAUAUCCAGAAAGGUCCAGCUCAAGCAACCUGCUGACUGAAUCGUUUACAACCUUUGUAGACCCCUCUAGGGGUUCUGGAUCAGCAGCUUGCAAAACUAACCCAGCUGUACAGAGAGCUGCUGAUGUGCUGCAUGACCUUGGUAGACUGAAUGGGGAAAUGGCCGGCAUUCUACAGGAGGCAGAGCAGUGGCAGUCUCGCAUGCAAGGCGUUAAGACUGUGAGUGCCAAUCAGAGCAACAGCCGCAAGCCUAUUGACUCGCCACCUCUGCAAUAUCAUCUGCCAAGGCAACCUACCCUCAUUACCAAAGGAACAGAGUCUGGUUGUUCAAAGAAACCUUCAUUGAUUCAGUCAAUAAAAGCAUCAAAAUCAAUGUUUGAAGAUGCUGAACGAAUUUUACGUGAGGUGCAAAUGAAUAAGAAAUUCAUUGAAGAAAAUCUUGAAGCAAUUGUUAGAGCAAAGGACCGUGCUACUUUAUAUUCAAUAAUCGACUCCCUGACUGCAAACAGUGAUGAAGCAGAGAAGAUUCGUAUUGGGAAGACUGUUGAUGCCUGGAUCACAGUUAUUAAUAAGGAUAUCCAGGGUGAAAUUGCAAGGAAGAAUUAUCUUCAAAGUAAGUCAAAACAACAGGAACUGAAUUUUACAAGAAAAGGAUAUGAUGUCAAGACCAUCAAAUUUAACAAAGAUGUAAAGGAUAAAACGCAAAAUAAACCAGAGUCAAUGACAGACAGAUCCAUAAGCACAGCAAGAUCAGUGCGGAAGCAAUUCGAAGAGGGCUAUGGAAAUAGAAAUCGGAGAAACAUGGCUACCACACAGUCAUUGCAGCAGAAAGAACAGAAGUCAAAGAUAUCUGUGGAUGGGAUUAUUUUAACUACCCCAGAAUUACAAGGUGAAGAUUACCUAAGAAAAGUAUAUGGAAAGGCACUUUAUCAGGGGCAUCGCAGUACAUACAAAAAAGGGCCAUAUUUAAGGGUGAACUCUCCAAUACCUAAAUCCAAAACUCAGAGGCCUAAAAUAAUUGAGAAUACUAAGGGUGUCAAGGUGAAAUCUGCGAGAACACAAACUAUUCCCUCUGCACUCAAGUCAGACUUAAGUCCCCCAGUAAGGCAGCAGCCUCUUUCUGCUCCACAUUUUCAGAAUGACAAAUAUCUUUUUAGUCCAUCUCAUCAGAUAACAUCUGGGUCCAUCAUUUCAGGCCCAGUUGAAGGGCAUCUUGUCCCAAUGGCGAUUGCCCUAGGAGUGCCACGGAUGGACAGUGGUCUUCCACGACCAGCAGAUUUGCUUAUCAGCAGUGCGCAUCCAACCACAGUAACAACCUCAUCAUCUCCUCAGAAACCACAGCCUCAGAUGAAAAAACCCAAUAUUGCAGUCAUACACAUGAAAUCUGAAAAGAAGGAUCCAGCCAAGCUAACUGUACAGGUAUUGCCGAAUGUGGAUAUCGAUAGUUUUCCUAGUAUUAGUCCAGAAGGAAGCCAGAGGUCACCAAGUCCUGAGCAGUGGCAGAUGAUGCAUCAGGCUGCACCAACUCUGAAACAGUCUCCACAACUGGUAGAAAAUGAAGAGGAGGAUGGCACUGGAUUCCCAGGAACCAGUUAUAUUGCAGUUGCUGAUUUACCAAAGGACUCUGUUGAGAUCGAUACUGAGUAUCAAGGAUCACCUGAACCAGGGAUAGAAUUAGAAGGCUUUGCUGAGUCCAUCUCUGCCUUCAACAGUGGUCCAUCAUUUCCUCCCUCUGUUCCUGCCCUUCAGCCAGCUGUUGACAUUGUCGGAGUGAUAGAGCGCAAUGUGUCCAUAGAAGAUCAGUUGAUUGAGAGAGUUGAACAAGAAGUCAUGUCCCGGCUCAUUAGUAAGAUGUGUCCUUUACAGCCUAUGUCACACGUCAUUCAGUCUGAAAGUGAGGAGAGUGUGCUGUCGGGCUCAGAUAUUGUAGAGGCUGCUGGUGGAGGAGGCUUGCAGCUGUUUGUGGAUGCAGGUGUUCCUGUGGACUCUCAAAUGGUUCGACAGUUUGUAGAUGAAGCACUUGCUGAAAUUAUUGCCAUAAUGCUGGGGCAGCACCAGAGUGAAAGAAAAACACCAAUACAAGAACUUCCUCAACAAAGAACACCUUCACCGGCGAUGCUAAUCCCAACACCGGAUCCGACCCCAAGACAGACUCCGUCACCUCCUGCGAGAGAUGCUACCCGUAUUCAAACACCAGACAUCACACCCCAAAAUUCUGUUGAGAAUGAAUCAGGAUCUGAACCAGAAUUGGAACCAUUAUUGAAAUCACCACUGAUCGUGGAUGAUAUCGGACUGAAACCUGCAGAAAAAUCUAGUCCUGUUGUUACUCCUGUUAUCACACCAAUUCCUACUCUUUCAAGAGUAUCCACACCUUCGCCGAUAUCACAGCCUGCCUUGAGGACAAGUUCAGUGCCUUUGCAGAAACCUCCAAAUCCCUGGGGAGAUGCAGAACUCCCCCUGGAGGAAGAAAAUCCUAGCCCAGCACAAGAAGCAGCACCACAGCCAAGAGCCAUUAUUAUGUCCGUAGCAAAAGAUGAGGAACCUGAGAAUUUAAUUCUCCCACCUCUACUCUCAACCGCCCCUGUGAUUCCUCCAUCACAUGUGCAAACUCCAGCACUGUCUUGUCAAUCACUGGCUCAAUCUGCAUCCACUGAGGAGAGUAGCUCAACGAUCUCUGUUACUGAAACCGAGACUGCUGAUCGAAAUAUCUCCGAAGGAGAGAUCCUAAUAAGCUAUGGGCAGAUGGCUGCAGCAAAAGCCUUAGCUGAAGGAGGUAUAUUUCUUCCAAACCUCAGUGAUAGUCUGUCUAGUACACUCCUUGAUGCUCAAGAAAUGGACGAAGAUCCUCCCAGUGUGGGACAAGUAAUCUCAAAGCCACGCAAGGGAUUACACAAAUACUCACUUGGCACAAUGUUAGCCAAAGUUGGCCAGUGUCCAUUUCGUCCACAAGAAGUACAUCAUCCUGAGAACUCCGAUGAUGACAGCAGCACAGGGCAGAUUAGUGAAGGUCAGAUGCCCAGACUUACAAAAACAGCAGAAAGCAUCCUGAUUGGACAGCCACAAAACAUCAAUCUUUUCUCAAUGAAUAGUGACAUAAGCAUCCCGCGAACAAGACGCUCACCAUCAUCUGGGCAGUUUAAUAUUCAGACAGAAAAGAAUGGAAGAGAGUCUGAAGCUAGCUAUGGGCCUCUGACCUUGGGAGAUCUUGAAAUAUGCCCAAUCCCAGCACAGCAGACCAGAAAAGUGACAAUUGCACCCCGGAAGACUCCUGUAGUGGGCGAUCAGGGACAGGGUGAUGACAUAGCAGUAACAGAGCAAAAACAAGCAAGUGCACGAGUGAUACAAGUUGAAAGUAGAACCAAGGACUUACGACCAGGUACAGAAGUUGAAAGGUCUUCUGGAACUCAGGGAGGCCCUUUGAAAAUGUCUGUAACUCUACCUUCUAUGAAUGAAGAGGACCACUCUGGCAGCAUAAGCACAAUAGAUGGUGAUGAUACCUCUGGAGCUGAAAUAUUUUGAUGCUUUGCAUAAUUUCCUUAUAAGAUACUCUUGAUACUUUUCAUCUUUCCACCAAUUAUUUAAAGACAUCAUAUUUUCACACCUUAAUAUGCAGUUUUGAUAAUAUAUUUAUCUUGCAGUAUCAACUUGUGACUACACUGCUAAAUUAUUUUUUUAAAUUGAGGAUUAUGAUUUAUCGUGCUAGAAUCUAUGUUUAUGAUUGUGUAUGAAUAAUAAAUUUGUAGUUUUUUUUCAAUGGGAAGAUAGAUAACAUUAGUCUUUUAUGGAAAAGCAUUAAACUUUAAUGCAGUGUGUGCUAGAAGCUUUGCUUUAUUCUCUUUCCCUAAUCAAUAUGAUUUUAGAAGUAAAAUACCAAUUAUCAUUUUAAGAUGGUGAGGAAAACAAACUGAAGUUAGUUGCUGCUGACAGUUCACAUGUUCUAUCUUUAAGCUAGUAGAAAUCUAUUCAAAAAACAUGCUCCCUCUUACAAAUAUUUUUAAACUCAUUAAUUUGUUGUCCAACAAUCAUUAUUACAAUCAGCUAAGGGUUCCUGAACACCUGUGUAUCAGUAAAAACCCCUAUACUAGACAUGACCAAAGUACAUCUUAUUGCCAUAUGCUGUUCUUUUAUAGUCAAGUGUGGUUUGUAGAAUAAUUGCACUCAGAUAUAUUUUGCUGCUUUAACGUAGGGAAAUGCACCUUGUAUCAAGCACUGGCAAUAAAAGAGGCUGAGUAGCAUGUGCUCUCCAUAGUUUUGUCCAGUAUAACUUUCGACACUUUGCACAUGAGUAUUAUGUCUGUCUGUAUUCAGACAUUUUACAGUGCAAAACUGGUAUGUUUGCAACCUUCCUCAAUCCAUAACAUUUAAGCAUUGGCCCUAGGUUAAUUUUGUGGGUACAAUGAUAUUGACAAAUUACAAAUAACAAGGAGUGAAGAAGAAAACAGAAGUUUUAAGCCAGAAUGAGAAGAUGAUUUGGUAGGCGCUGUUAUACAAAGCAAGCAAGUUGAAACAUCACUACAAAAUUAGUCAAAGGAGCUCUUCCUCUGAAUAUCCUCCUGGAUUGGAAUUAAGAUAAAAUGAACUAACCACAAUAAAAUUGUGAAAACAGCCAACACACUCUGAUUUUAGCAUUCAAUAAGGAAGCUAUCAUAAUCACUGCAGCUAGUUUUGUUAUUUCAUGAAAAAUCAUUUGUACCGGGCACCCAUAUUCUG